ACCACAAAAUAUGCAUAUUUAUUAGAAAUCUAUCAUUGAACAUAAAAAUUACUAUAUUUAUAAUAAUAUCAGAGAGAUGAAGUGAUAUUAUCUAUUUAUUUUAUCCAUAAAUUGUUAAUGCAGUGUUUCCUGUAUCUUUUUAUUCACUAGACAAGUUUCUUUUUUUUGUUCUCCAGUGGUUUUGUAAAUAAAUAUUGUGGUGUGUUCUGUGUUGAAGAUGAAUGUCUCUGAACGUGUGAGGUAUUUGAACUUGUUUUCUCGGAAAAACAUCUUGUUUUAUAGUUAUAGGGCAUAACAAGCUUUAUAUAAUUUAGUUUCUGAGUAAAGUUUAGAGUUUCUAUGAGAUGAAAAAACAUUGUUGUAAACAAAACAGAAUUGAAACUAUGUUUCCAAAACGUAGUUAGUUGGAACUCAAAAGUUUUCGUUUAUUUCAUCUCUGCAAUUUGUUAUUAAAUAAGUCCCACAAUGAGCCCCCGCCUUCAAGUACCCACCCUGCAGGAGUGCAGCCUCCGCUAUGCUCUUACAGUGAUCCGUGAGGGCACGUUUAUGUGCAAAGGGGCCUCGAUGAUAAAAGACGAGAGACAGUACCUGAUACGUGUACUGCACAGCGGCAUCAGACAACAGCUCAUCAAUCUUGCCUUCCACGAGUGCAGACGUGACUCGAACCUGAUGAUAGAGAUUGUGUACCUACUGUUGGAUGGGUCGAUACGUUGCAUUGCUCCCACGCCGGAGAUGGAACAUCUGAGCACAAGUCAGUGCAUGCGACUGUUCUGUAUCAUGCAUCAGGCCGAUGCCACGGGGCUCACUGAACUCAAGAUCACAGUAAACCCACGCAUGAAAGUGGCCGUAGAGCACACAGGCAUGGCGCCGCUGAACAGUCUGAUGUCACGUGGUCUGGCCAGGAACCUGCACACACUUGUGCUGCGCAACACGUGUGACAACGCCAUGUUGGCACAACUGGGCCGACACGCCACGUGUCUCAGCAAGCUCGACAUCGCCGACAACUGGCUCAUCAACGAGCAGGGCAUCUGUCAGCUGCUUUUCAAGGACUCGAGCAGCAUCCAUCUGCCAGCUGAUCUGGAUGACUGUGACUGGAUGCUGACCGACCUCAACCGAAUGCCCCAAGAUAACCUGACCCGGUGCUGUGAAACCCUGCAGGAGAUAAGGAUACAGGACACCAAUACGUCGGGCAUCAGUGUCCUUAUGUUGCUUAUGUUUGUCAAGCAUUUGGAGUCGUUGGGAGGAUUCCUUUACUAUCGCAACCUAGGCGACUGCAUAUUGGCGGUGAAGCCGUUUCGGAGCCGACUGGCCAUUACUAAACUGUGGGACAUGCAUCUGCCCUGGGAGAAGAUGGUGGCAAUUGGCGAGGUGAUAGGUCACGGCCUCCACACGCUGUACACGCGUGUGUCACAGAUCACAGCCAAGCAACUGCCCUUCACAGCCCUGCGUGACUUGACCAUCGAUUUCGACUAUUUUGUCUACGAGCAGGCGUUUGUCGACUUCCUUGCCACAAAUGGGGCACAGUUGACGAGGCUUGUUCUACUUGAUCAGGGCUACAACAUGGACAUAACAGUGAUCGCCAACUACUGUCCACAGCUAGUGGAACUGGCCGCCAGUACUUGCCUCGACAAUCACUUUCCUCACAGCGAGUUGGCGCACCUCAAAGUGGCUCGUCUCAAAAUCAACACAGCCCAAGUCUUCACGUGGAUCAUGGUCAACUGUCCCAUCAUUAAGAAACUGGCGGUGCGCAUAGAGCAAGACGAGAUGUAUGAGAUGCACCGAGAAAGCGAGUAUUGGCUGAACAAUCGUGUGAUCUUCGACCUGGCUGAGAUGGGUGUGCCCUCCCUUGACACAAUCGAACAUCUCAGCAUUGUCUACCUCAGUAGUCCUAGAGAAAGAUGCGACAGCAACGCCAUCUGGACCCUGGUGCGCGCAUGCGCGCAACUGCGAACAAUCGAGGAUGUGGCAACGUGGCAAAUAGCGACACCAACCAACCUCGAGGAGCAGGCGAUUCAGCAACAACAACAGCAGUAUUUGACAACCGCCGAAGACCUGAUAGAGCAAAACUACGAUGUGGACGUGUAUUUCAAACACGUGUCGUUGACGGAUUUCUUCAGAGUAAAGGCGACCGCCCCGGCCAACACAAUGCAUACAGGGGUGAUGUUGACUGCUGCCUUCUCCAGGGGUGGAGCGUGGCCCUAUUUGCAGUCGGUUAGUAGGUUAGGGUAGGCGAUUUUCCCAAAUGCUUUACAAAUGAGUGGAAAAACUCUACACUAAACCUAGCGCCGCAGUGCAGGAUGGUUUCUCACAGCUUGGCGUUGUUGUCAUUCGAGAUGGGUGUCUGGCUUGGAAGUGUUUCGGCCGCAUUGCAGGAUGACUGUUAACGGUUGCCGGAAGAU